GGGUUUUUGUUUCGUGUGUGUUUUUUGUUUGUUUGCUCGAUUGUUGCCCUCAAAAACCCGACGCCGGCCCGGCUUCUGCAGCAGUUCCGGUGCGAUAACAUCGAUCCACCAUUUUCCGGCGCCAUCAAUCCACCCAGCAGCAAUAUCUCUGCCUCUAGAUGGAGCCCAUCCCGAAGCCGGCCCGAGCGCAGCGAACCGAACCCGAACCACGAACGAAGAUGCCCACCGAGGAGCGCCGGGAUGCGAUUCCGGUGUUGUACACCCGCGGGACGCACUACAUGGUUGGGUUCGACGUGGGUACUACCUUCGCGACCAUGAUCCAUGACUUUCUGAAGCGCUCGGGACCACUUAACGACACGUACAUUCCUCUUUUCAACACCGAAAAAGGCCGGAAGAUCUACAUCGACACGUACGAAAACGUGAACGCGUCGUUCCCGCAGUACAUUCGGGAGCUCCAAGGCAUCGCUGACGGUGCAAAAGUGGAGUUUUACAAGCUGUUCCUGCUGCACAUGGAUGACAUCAUAUCCUUGGGGCAGCAAGGUCACAACCAACCGGUGGGAUGUUCCACAAUCUGCGUUAACGAACCAGACUGCGUCGUACUGGGACACACAGAGGACGCACUGGCCGAGGUGAUGAACCACUUCUACUUCGUGUCAGCGCACAUCAUCUCGGAGACGCCCCAGGGCAAGUACAACGUGGUAGAGGAACGCUUCACCUCGCUAUGUUACGCCGGACACCUGCCCGGGUACACGAUGAACUGCAACCAGCACGGACUCGUCUUCUCGAUCAACACGCUGAGCGCCAAGACGCUGAUCGGUGGCAAGACACCACGUCACUUCAUCACACGAGCGCUUUUGGCGGCGGAGAAUUUCGACCAAGCUCAGGAGAUCCUGCGUGAUCACGGUGCUGGCGCUGCUGAUGGGUGUUCCAUUAACAUGACCUUCAUGAAGCAGGAAGGUGACAGAUUGUUCCACAACGCUGAGAUGGGUCCAGCCAUGAACGGGGACGAAUCACAGCUCAACAUCCUGACCGCUAGCCCAGGUGAGAGCAUCAUCCACGUGAACAGCUACCAGCGUCUUCCGGUGCCGGAGAUCACCGGUUUGAUGAUUGACUCGAGCGUGGAGCGAAUGAAGACGUUCGCCAACUAUCCACCACCGAAGACGAUCGCGGACGUAGUGGCCAUGUUGAGCGAUACCUCCGCUGCUGAGCAUAAGGUGUUCCGAGACCGGGGUCCAGAGCAACUCGUCAAGACGAUCUGUGUCGGUAUCAUCGACUGCCUUAAGCGCACCUGGACGUUGUAUGCUGAGAACCCGGUCUACGUUCCACCACUCGUUGUGUUGCCACUGUUUAUCAAGGACUAGACGUCUAACCAUCCGAUGACAAGGAUGACAGCAGGAUACGCUCUAGGAGUGGCUUCACGAUCGUCUGCGAAAAAAUGCUUACUGCGUUGUUGUACUGUUGCUUUAUGAUGUAUGGAUUUUUUAACCCCCUCACACAAUUCCUAGAGACAAAUACACAAUCUCUCGUAU